GUGCUCCUCCUUGCGGAGGCGGCCCUGGGAGCUUAUAAAGGCAAGACACACCGCGGCGGAGCGCAGGAAGCCGAUCAGGCUUCGGUCCACUCGGAGCUGUCCAAAACAGCCGCCGCUUUGCCCUCCGGGAAGCAGGACCGGCACUGCGCCUUCUCGAAGAAGAGGCUCUGCUGCGCCCAGCGCGAUCCCCACGUGCGCGGUGCAAAGCCAAGGGGACCGGAGCCGGGCUGGGCUGCUGGUGGCGAUCCUGGACGUGGACCUCCACCCGUGCCUCGCAGCCUACCCGCUUUACCUGCCACUCUUCCUGAUGGCAGCGGGGUCGCCGAGCACCGUGGAAGCGCCUCCGGGGAAAAGACGGGAGCAAGCUGCCCCCCAGGCUGGCGGGCUGGUCCCGCAAGCGGGCACGACGGGGCGCGCUCCUUAACCGGAGCCCGCCGCUCUGGCAACCUCGACAGCCGCCGGAGACGCCAUGGGGGGACUGGCGGGCAACGGGACGCGGGUCGAGGCUGCGGGCAACGGCAGCGAGGCGGCCCCGGAGUGGUGGCCGCCGCAGGCGCGGGCGCUCUUCAUCGUCCGCUGCGUGGUGCCCUCGCUGUACCUGCUGAUCAUGGCGGUGGGCUUGCUGGGCAACGUCACCCUGCUGAGGGUCUUCGCGGGCCGCCGCGCCGCCCGCAGCGUGCCGCACAUCUUCAUCUCCAGCCUGGCCGCCGGCGACCUGCUGCUGCUGCUCACCUGCGUGCCCGUCGACGCCUCGCGCUUCUUCCUCGAGGACUGGCUCUUCGGCCGCCUGGGCUGCAAGCUCCUGCCCGCCAUCCAGCUCACCUCGGUGGGCGUCUCCGUCUUCACGCUCACGGCCCUCAGUGCCGACAGGUACAAGGCAAUUGUAAAUCCAAUGGAUAUUCAAGCUCCCAACGCAGUCCUGUGGACAUGUAUUAAAGCUGUUGGCAUUUGGGUAAUUUCCAUCUUGUUAGCAAUUCCAGAAGCAGUAUUCUCUGAAGUGGCAUACAUCAAUGAUGCAGAUAACGUCAGUUUCACGGAAUGUAUACGAUAUCCACCGAAGGAUGAUUUGCACCCAAGGAUCCAUUCAGUGAUGAUUCUCCUUGUAUACCUCCUUAUUCCACUCACCAUCAUUAGUAUUUACUACUAUCAUAUCGCACGGACUUUAAUUAAGAGUGCACAUAAUCUACCUGGAGAGCACAGUGAACAUUCUAAAAGACAGAUGGAAACUCGAAAGCGUCUGGCCAAAAUUGUCCUCGUCUUCAUUGGGCUUUUCGCGGUGUGCUGGUUGCCUACCCACGUGCUCUACAUGUACCGCUCCUUCAACUACAGUAAGACGGACCUGUCCCUUGGCCAUAUGGUUAUUACUUUGGUGGCCCGAGUGCUCAGCUUCUGCAAUUCUUGUGUCAACCCAUUUGCACUCUAUUUCCUCAGUGAGAGCUUCAGGCGGCAUUUCAACAGCCAGAUUUGCUGUGGCUUGAUGCCUCCUCGACAGAGAUCGGCCAGUUACCUGAACAGUUCGUCAGCCAUUCGAAUGACUUCUCUGGUGGAGAACAAUGCCAGGAACACCGUCACCAUGACAACACUGCUGAAUGGGCAGAAUCCCAAACAAGAAAUAGCAUUGUGAUUUAAUCAGUUCAGCAUCUGAGCUUGGAAUAAGUUGACAGUCUCAAAUCUCUUUGCCUAUCAAACCAGAUAAUUGGGUAUACCCUUACUUGCCUAUGAUGAGCAUAUGUGAUCUUUUAAUUUAUCUUCAUAUUGAUUUGGUAAGAGCUAGGAAUACUUUUUAAAAAAUCUCUGUACAGUUUAUUGCUUAGAGGAACUGCUUCUAAAGUUACCUGAUUGGAAAUGAUGAACAUAAAUGACUGUGAAUAGUAGUAUACGGGAGAUGAUUGGUUGCUUUUUAAGAGGGGUGGGGGGAGUACAGAUUUAUGUACGUGAUAACUUGCAGGUGGCUACUGCAAGUUGUAUGGAAGUUCUAUUACUGGGUAAUGCUUUCCCCCCAGUCCAGCAAAGGAGAUCUGUACACAGAAAUAAAUGUGUGCAUCUAUGUCUCCAAACCACACAGAACCAUAUUUGUGUAGGGUUGUGUUUAGUAUCAACACAUUAGGAACAUGCACAAUGAUUUUUUUGUCCUAGAUUCUGAGGACACAACAGUCCAAUUCACUCUUUAUGUUCCAUGCACAUAUAAUCUGUGUACAGUGUGUGCACAUACAGAUUUACAUGUAUGUACAGUGAUUCAUACUUUAUGUUCAAUGCAAUAUAUUUACCCAUUAUGUUCAACCCAUGUACACCCUAUCUGUACUCUAUAUUUGGGUUCUGUACCAAGGUUCAUUUUUAAAAUAUGCAUGUACAGUCAUUCACAGAAACAUGUAUAUAUGUACAGACACCUGUAUGUGUGUACAGCACCAUGUCUAAAUAGGGCUAAUGUCUUUAGGACAUGGUGUUAAUUUGGUGAAUAUGUCAUAAAGGCUAAAUCUCAUGACUCCCUGUGCAUACUAAGAUACUGGGUGUGUCCAGUAGGCAUUGCAACAGUGAAGAAGUUGUUUGGUUGUUUUGCCACAAGCCUAGAGUCACCAUGUCAGUCACCAUGAGUCAGGUGUGCAUAAAAAAAUCAUUUCACAUUCCUUUCCAAACGGGUCCGGCUGCCCUCCAGCUGCAAGGUGGGUCUUUGGGGUUUAUAUAACUACACAUGACAUUAAUCAUGUGUAGCUAGCGUACACUGCCCCAUGUCUUCUUUGACUUCUUUAAAACCACAACAGUUGUCCAGGCUUCAAUCGCUAAUGGGAUAAACUAGGGCAGAGAUAGGCAUCUGGAAUUUGCCAGAAGCGCCACUGGUGGCACUGUGAUCAGGCUACUGUCUGCCCUAAUGGCAGAAAAGAAGGUCAGGUCAGGUCUUUCUUUCAGACCCAGUGGCAAAGUGCAGAGUCUCAUUAGAGAGACUUGGGCUUCAUACAGUAUUAUCAUUGCAUCAGGGUUCAUCCUCUCCACCAGCCCUUGCCCUAAGCAGGGUUUUGCUUGUGCUAGACAAGCUGAGUCAAUGAAGGUAGGAAAGAGAGACAGACUUUGUAUCCAGUGGCUGUUAAGAAGCAUUUUCUAUGGACUCUCCCCAUUGGGUUUGACUCCCAGCUAGGCUUAUAUCACAUUGCCUGGGUUUCCACAAAUCUUCCUCUCCAUACCUAGAAAGCAAGUGUGAAUGUAUGCCAUGCAUGGAUCUUAAUUCAUUUAUCUCUGCUGGCUUUCUACCUCCAAAUUACCCAGCCCAGUUGUUUUUGCUCCUUUGGGGAAAAAGACAUAGAUACCCACAUCUUUUCCCUUAUUGAGCUAAAAGCAUUUGCAGGGAUGAUUUAGGGUGGGAAAAUGGUAGAGAUUAAAGAGUUAAGAUGCUCCUCCUCAUAGCAUCUCUCUUCCAUUAGAGAUGGCAGGUUGGGCAGCUAAGAUUAUGUGCAGUUUCAGUACGUUACAUAUUUUUUCUUGCCUAGUAAUAGCAUCCCUAAGGUGAAGGCAUGGCCUACUUGAAUAUGGAUUCAAUUCUGCUUAUAGAUAAUUAUUAGUGUUUAUUUUCAGGCCUCCCUCUCAUUCUUUUUGUAUUCAUUAUUUAUUUAUUUAUUUGAUUUUUAUACCGCCCUUCCGAGCUGGCUCAGGGCGGUAUGGCAUGAACGAAGUUUAGCAUGGAUUAAAAUGGGGGCAGAUAUGUGAUAUGGGAACCAGAACAUUGUCUAAUGGGCACAUGAUAAAGCCAUCUUGCUGAAGCUAAGCAGGUCUUGGUGUGGUCAGUGCCUGGAUGAGAGACCACUGGAUGGGAGACCAGACAGUGCCUGGAUGUAUGCCACCUUUGAGGAUGGGACCCUAGCACAGUGGUAGAACAUGUGCUUUGCAUUCAGAAGGUCAAAGGUUCCAUCCCUGGCAUCUGGGAAAGACUUCUGCCUGAAAAGAAGCAGCAGCUGCCAGACCAUGUAGACAAUACUAAGAGAGAUGGACCAAUGUUCUGACUUGGUAUAAAUCAGCUUUCUAUGUACCUAUGGGGGAAACCAAGCUUUUUAUUUUAUUUUAUUUUUUUAAAGGUAAGCCUUGGUUCUUACCAUUUUAAAAGUAGGUUUUGCACCGGGCAGCGAUUCAGCUCUCAGCUGAUAGCUCCAACAGGUUCUUGGCAGAGGACCACCCCUUGCCCCCAAACCCCUUGUGGUUUUAGCUGUGUACAAUAGGUACCAUUUAUACUUCCUUGAUGGCAUCUUGAACCCACUGCUUGUUUCCAUGUUCAGUUUGAGCAAAUGCUUCAGUUGUCACUGCUCUGUAGUUCUGUGGAAAGUUCUUAAAUGUUGUUUUGGUAUAAAAUAAUGUGUUGUACUUCCCAAGUAGUUUUAAUGGUUCUUUUACUGUGGUUCAGUAAACAUUAUCAGCGUGCAGAUUCAUAUGUGAGGUGACUCUGUGUAACUACCAUGAAAUAGAUCUUAACAGAAUAUAGCAUGGGUGGACUGUUCUUUUCCAUUUUAAUCAGCUUUGUUACUCAAUUAUCUUGAUAAGCUCCAGUUGUGUACUUGAGGCUGCAAUGUUUUGUACACUUAUGUGGAUGUGAACCCCACUGAACACAGUGGGACUUCUUUCUGAAUAAACAUGGAUAGAACUGGGCUGCAUGUCCCACUGAAGUCAAGAGGAUAAAUUAGUUGUAAAUAACAAGACCAGUGGAUUUAAUACAACUUCUUAUUACCUUUGAAGUCCUAGAUGGCUUGGAGUAGAGAUAUCUUAAGGACUGCCUUCUUGCAAGUGAUUCGUCCAACAAGAUCUGCCAGGACAUCUGCAUUCCAACAUCUUUGGAGGUCCAACUGUCAUGGCAGGGCAUUCUUCAUGGUUGUCCCCAGGAGGUUUUCUCUCCUUUGGGAGAUAUGUUCCCUUAUCUCCCUCCUGGCUUUCCAUAGGCAAUUGAAGAUAGUUUUAUUCCAGUGUGCCUGUGGAAUGAGAAAAAUCUGUGAAAUGAUCUGGGCCUUUCCCAUAUGCCAGUUUUACCUUGCUUUACCAUGCUAAAUGUCGGAGUGCAUUCAUAUGUGUGGAGGAUUUACAUCGAUGUCAGCACGGAGUCAGCAAGGGUGCCAUUCUAACAUUGUUUCUUUGUUUUUUGUUUUGCUUUGCACGCUGUGUCUCUGUGCUAAAAUGUAGCUCCAGUAUAUCCUGUUUUUUAAUUGCUGCCACCUCCUCCUGCCUCCUCCACUGCCUUCUGCUUCCCCCUUCCUAUGCCACCUCCUGCUCAUCCUGCCUCUAGUGCCCGGCACCUACCAAGCCUCUCAUGGGCUUGCCAAAGCGAUUGUGUAGUUCCGGAGGAAGCCUGUGCAGGAUCUCAUGGUGCCGGUGAACUGAGGUGCUGGACCUUCUCUCACAGAAGAGAGAGGAGACGAGAGGAGAGAGGGAAGCUGCAUACUGCCCCGCUGCCUUUGUUGCCCUAACAGGCUGUACGGAUCCCUCCUUCUCUCACGAAAGAGAAGCUGCACUGUCCCCACUGCCUGUUUUGCCAGCCAGUCAGCAAGAUGAGAGACUGCAUGGGGUUUCUCCUGAGCUUCUCCACCGCUUGUGGGAAGCUGGGUGGGUGCUGGGGCAACAGAGGCAGGAUGAGGUGGAGGAGAUGGGGGGAGCAGAAGGCAGUGGGGGUGGCAGGGGCAGCAAUGUGAACAGCCCAGAUUUCCUCUGAUUUAUGCUCGUGUGCAAUUGAAUGUGCAUGAAGGCGCUACAUAUGCUCUUAUCCUAACUGGCAUUAAGUUCAGCUCUUUUCUUCUGAAGUAAAGCUUGCCAUCUGGGAAAGCUCCUCCUGUUAUGAUUUUCUGUGCUUGUUUCUGUUACGAUUUUAUGUGCUUGUUUUUGGUAUUUUAAUGGUAUUUAGCUUUGUCUCAGUGUUCUAAAAUUGUAUUGUUUUUGAUUUAAAUUUGCUGUAAACUGCCUUGAGUCUAUAUUAGCAAAAGGUGGCAUGGAAGUAUACAAAUAAAAACUAACUUUAUCUGUA